GCCCACCACCAACCUGCGCAUCCUCGGCCAUGGCCUCGCCCUCCACGCUCCCCGACGCCGCCAUUGCGCGUCGGCUGGCCGGCGUCAAGACCAUCCUCCUCGUCCUCUCCGGCAAGGGCGGCGUGGGCAAGUCCAGCGUCUCCUCUCAGCUCGCCCUCUCCCUCUCCUCCUCCGCCGGCGGCGCGGCUCGCGUGGGCCUGCUCGACAUCGACCUCACGGGUCCCUCGAUCCCGCGCAUGCUGGGCCUCGACGGCUCGCCGGUCCAUCAAUCCUCCGACGGCUGGGUGCCCGUCUAUGCGGAUCGCGAACAGCGACUGGCAGUGAUGAGCGUCGGCUUUCUGCUGCGCAGCCGCAAUGACAGUGUCGUGUGGCGCGGACCCAAGAAGAACGCCAUGAUCAAGCAGUUUCUCGGCGAUGUGAGAUGGGGCGAGCUGGACUAUCUGAUCGUCGAUACACCGCCGGGCACGUCCGACGAGCACAUUUCCCUCGUCGAGUAUCUCGCUCCCUUUUCUCCCGUGUCUCUCAUGGUCACCACCCCUCAAGCUCUCUCUCUCGCCGACAAUCUGCGCUCGCUCGACUUUACGCGCAAAGUCUCGCUGCCGCUCUUGGGCGUCAUCGAGAACAUGUCGGGCUACGUCUGUCCGCACUGUACGGAGUGUACGAAUGUGUGGGGCAGAGGCGGCGGCGAGGCGCUGGCGCAACGAGAAGGGCUGGCGUUCUUGGGACGCAUCCCGAUCGAUCCGGGACUUGUGAGGGUGCUGGACGACGCAAAGGAGGAGGCUCAGGUGACGGUGGCGCAGGAACUGGGCGUGGAGAAAGUGUCGCUCGAGGACAUCACCAAGCCCCUUCCCGACGCCGACGCCGACGCCGACGCGGCAACGGCAACAGCAAGCGUGGCAAAGGCAUCCACUGCAUCAACAACAACACCCGCCGGCACUCGCCUCUCGCGCACCAUCCUGCAGCGCUACACUGCCUCGCAGACCUUUCCGAUCUUCCAGGAGAUCACGCAGAGGGUCGUAGAGCAGCUGGCCAAAGUAAGGGAGACGCAGAGAGAGGCCAAGGAGCAAAGGGAGGCGACGCAGUAGGCAUGAUGGGUAGAGCAAUAGACAAGUCACGCGCUUCGGGUCGAGCGUCUUGAGGUAGACGAUGAGUGAGGAGCAUAGAGAGCGCCGACGCCUGGCCCUCGCAGUCUCGAGAUGCGAGUGGGUCUCUCGAGCAAUCACGAUCGAACGAUG